AUGGCUCACGCCACAUCAACACAGAAAAACAUUGCAGUUCAUAUCCGUAGUUACCAGAUUUUUUGUGAACAGAGGGCUCUCCAGUCCUUUCCCAUUAGUGUUAAAUCUAUAAUUGCGUUCUUGUUUAUUGUCCAGUAUUUUGUCAGGCAGUUCUCGCACUGUGCAAUAAACUCAUUUUGCCCAAACUGUUGUGUCGUCUUGGUAACGCGGGUGAUUGAAGGCCCUGACGACCUAUUUGCACGAAACGAAGACGACGUUCUCACGAACACUCUGAAGAACUUUUGGGAGACUGAGGCAAUUGGCAUUAAGGAUCUGACUCAACAGGAAACGAAGGAAUCUUUCAAAAUCGACGUUGCAUGGAGCGAAGACCGAUACGAAGUCAAUUUACCGUGGAAAGAAAAUUGUUUGCCGCUAUCCUCCAACAACUAUCUGUUGUGCGAAUCGCGAUUAAGAUCCUUACAUCACAAGCUGCGCAAAGACCCAGAGUUAUUAGCCGAAUACGACAACAUCAUUCAAGACCAGUUAUCAAAGGGGAUAAUCGAGCAAGUACCGAAUAAAGAGAAAAUUGCUGCGCGACAUCAUUUGCCUCAUCAUGCAGUAGUAAGAAAGGAUCGUGAGACUACGAAGGUACGAAUUGUGUACGAUGGGUCAGCAAAAUCUGGUAACCAAGAGAAGUCACUCAACGAUUGCCUUGAAACUGGGCCAAAUCACAUCCCACAUGUUUUCAAUAUGCUAGCGCGCUUUCGGAAGAAUCCUGUCGGUAUCACAGCUGACAUUGAAAAGGCCUUCCUUAUGGUGGGAAUCCAAGAGGAUCAUCGAGACUUUCUUCGAUUCUUAUGGGUAAGAAACCCAGAUUGCGUUAAGCCUGAAAUUGUACAAUACAGGUUCACACGGCUCGUGUUUGGGUUACGCCCCUCGCCUGCUAUUUUGGGAGCGACAAUUCUACAUCACUUACAACUACACAAACAAAGUGACCCCGAAAUCGCUGAAUUAUUGGAACAAUCUCUGUACGUGGACGACCUGUUAACGGGGGAGUCAGACGAAGAAAGAGGUCUCUCUGUUUACAAGAGAUGCAAGAAGGUUAUGUCCAGUGGAGGAUUCAAUCUCAGAAAAUGGCGAUCGAACUCGCGAAAACUACAAAUGCAAAUUACGAAACUUGAAAGUUCACCAGGAUCAGCAAACACACAACAGGAGGUCACUAAUGUCAACAAAGAAGAUGACGAAUCAUUCGAGAAAUCGAGUGUUGGUUGUGACUCAACGACUUCUGACAACGAAGAUGCAGUAGUUAAAAUUCUAGGAAUGAACUGGAACACUCUCACAGACGAAAUUUUCUUCAAUUUCUCCGAUCUGUGCCCAUUUGCACAAGCACUUCCCCUCACCAAGCGAUCUGUUCUCAAGGUUACGGCCAAGAUCUUCGACCCCAUGGGAUUUUUGACGCCUCUAACAAUAGAGAUGAAGAUCUUGUUUCAAGAACUUUGUAUCAACAAAACAAACUGGGACGAAGAAUUACAAGGAACUUUGCUUCACCGAUGGAAAUCGUUUCUCCAAGAUCUGAAGUUCAUUGGCGGCUAUCGUAUUCCUCGAUGCUAUUUUUCGCGACAACCUGUAACCUCUCAGAUACAUGGCUUCAGUGAUGCUUCAGAACGCGCCUACGCCGCGGUGGUUUAUAUUCGAAACACGUACAGUGAUGGUCGAAUCGAAGUUAAAUUGGUCGCUUCAAAAUCGAGAGUCGCUCCUAUCAAGGCACAGACAAUUCCUCGAUUGGAAUUACUAGGAGCAUUAAUUUUGGCCCGACUUGUUAACAAGUUAAAGUCGAUUGGAGCUGAAUACACAACCGUUCUCUGGAGUGAUUCUACAACUGCUCUAUGCUGGAUCAAAAAUGAAAGAGUAUGGAAGCAGUACAUCGGUCAAAGAGUAGAAGAAAUUCGACGUCUAACUCCCAAAGAUUUAUGGAGGCACUGUCCAGGAGAAUUAAAUCCUGCCGAUCUACCAUCGCGUGGACUAUCAGCGAAAGAACUUUCUGCCAGCAAUACGUGGUGGAAUGGUCCGAGUUUUUUGUAUCAAUCCGAGAAUGAAUGGCCCGAAACUUCUCCAUCGGAACAAGUGAAUGAAGAACAAAUUUUACAGGAAGCCGUCAAGAACGUACCAGAUGUAACACAUUCCCUUAUUACCACUGCCUGCGACAAAUUCAACCCGAAAGUUGACCAGAUAAUCGACAUUGGACGGUUCAGCGACAGGACGAAAUCAAUUCGAAUAACCGCGUUUGUGAUCAAGUUCAUCAACAAGCUCAAAAACCGAACACUUGAAAACCGGAAAGAAGAAAUGGAAGAUUUAACAACCACCGAAUUGAAGGACGCCGAGAAUCUGUGGAUACACUCGGUUCAAGCAUCGUCUUUUACCGAUGAACUUUCUUUUCUGACUCGAAAGGAUUCGAAAUCAACGCCACCUAUACAUGUUCUGCAGUUGGGACUGUUUCUCGACGACGAUGGAAUUAUCAGAUGCAAAGGACGGAUCGCAAAUGCUUCCCUAGCGUCUUCUGCCAGAACCCCGAUACUUUUGGCUGCCAAACACGCUUUCACCAAUCUCACUAUUAGGAAUAUUCACGAUUUAGUCAAGCAUUCUGGGAUAAGGGACACGCUUACGAACUUACGAGAACGUUUCUGGAUUCUACGCGGUCGCGAGACAGUCAAGAAAAUCAUUCGACACUGCGUUGUCUGCCGACGAUUCGAUGCAGCACCAUGCAAACCUCCACCGUUCGCUGAUCUUCCAACCAACCGAGUCUCAGACGAUCCACCUUUUACUAAUGUUGGAAUCGACUUCACUGGGCCAUUUUACGUAAAGGAAAACGUCAACAACGCUGAAUGUGUCAAAGUUUACGUGUGUUUAUUUACAUGCGCUUCAACCCGUGCAGUGCACUUAGAGUUGACUCGUGGACUCGGUGUCCAAGAUUUCCUGCUUGCUUUCAGAAGAUUCACCAGUAGAAGAGGACUCCCGGCUAAUCUUCAAUCGGACAAUGCAAAAACUUUCAAAUCAUCAAGCAAGGAUAUUCGCAAAUUAGUACGGUCACCGGAAGUUUGGCGAUAUUUAAUCAACAAUCAAAUCAGUUGGAAUUUCAUUGUGGAAAAGGCGCCGUGGUGGGGAGGCUACUGGGAAAGGCUCGUUCGCAGCGUAAAGUCUCCUAUCCAAAAAACCAUCGGAAAAUCUACCCUCACCCACGAGGAGCUAAGUACUCUGUUAACGGAAAUAGAAGGGCUGAUCAACGCAACGCCGCUGACUUAUGUGUAUGACGACGAGGAAUCGAUCUCGUAUCCCUUAACGCCAUCGGAUUUGAUUUAUGGUCGAAGAGUUACUACAACUCCGAACAGUCAACAUUUCGAAAUCACUAGCACCUACGAUUCUCUGACGAAGCGACUUAAACAUCAUAGACAUCUGUUGGGACAAUUCACUCGUCAAUGGAGAAAUGAAUAUUUAACCAGCUUAAGAGAACAUGCUAUCAAGAACGCACGGCUAAGGGGAGACAAUGGCGAUACAGGGGUCAAGGUUGGAGACAUUGUUAUUCUCAAAAAUGACAGCGUUCGUCGAAGCUUCUGGAAGCUUGCGAAAGUAGAAGAAUUGCACCCGGGCCGAGAUGGAAAGGUGCGAGCAGUUUCAGUUAGAGUUACGAGUACCAAUGGUAGUUCAAUUCAGCGCUUGCGACGACCCAUUCAACACGUUGUUCCUCUUGAGGUGAACUCUUGA